UUACUUUUUUAUCUAAUCUUUUUUUAGGAUCCAUUUAUCCAAUCGUUUUAAUAUUCAGAACCGAUUGUGAUUAAAAAUGAAAUCUGAAACACAGACCUCACGAAGGCAAAGCUUUUAUCUCCACACAGGGUUUUGUGUGACUGGUUGGAUGUGUUUGAUUGUUUGCAGGUUUUCUCAAAAAUAGAUUUGCAUGAAAAAUCUACAGGAGGUGAAAAAGUCUCCCAACUUGUGAGAAAGUGCGAGGUGCAAAAAGGACGUGUUUGUGUACAGCACAGUUGGAGGAGACGCUCUUCUUCCAUGCAUGGUGUCCUCAGACUGCUCCGCCAUCUCCUGGACCUUCUUUAACAAAGGCACGGACGUGCGGUUCGUCCAUGAGGUCGUCAAUGGGAAGGUGACGGCCGAUUCAGAAAAAUCCAGCCGUAUGACCUUCGCAUCCAACUGCUCCAUCAGCCUCCGCAACCUCAGGGUGCGGGACGCUGGAUCCUACGUCUGCCUGAGGAACGACCAGCCUGUCACUGACGUUUACCUCUCCCUCCUCACAAUCUCGUCUUUCUCCACCUUCACCGACCUCCAGCCUGGAGGAAUCCUCUCCUUGACCUGCACCUUCUUCACUUAUUAUGACGCAGGGAGCUGCAAGUCAUACUCAAAGAGCGUGUUCAGCCUGAGCUGGGUGGAUGAGGAUGGGGGAAAGCUGCCCAACAACAGCAGGUACAACCUGACCAGCCACACUCGCUGCAACAUCACUCUGGUGACAAAACUCCAGAAGGACGACAACAACAGGAGGUGGAGGUGUCUGGUGAACACCACAGAGAACAGCAGAGCCGUGUUUCUGGACUUCAGGUCUGCCUUUUUGUUCCAAAAUAAUGAUGAUGACAGCCUGAAUCCUUCGGUCACGGCGAUGUGUCAGGUGAAGCUGCCCAUCAGCCGCAUCGUGCUCUGUGUGGCCCUCCCGAUCAUGGUGACCAUAGUGGCAUUCUUCACGUGGAAGUCGGACCGCGAGAGGGCCAAAGCAUCAGCAGAAUCCUUCAUGCUCCACGAGAUCAACUGACCGUCCAUCACUGCAGGAUUUUUGUACUAUUUUCACUUCUCUGGCCCCUUUUCAAUCAUCACAUCCUCAUGGAUCCUGUAAGAGAAUACUACUACAGUUAUGUUGCAGUAUUGUAUUAUUAAUGACAUAUUUUAUUAAUAAUUUGUGGAAAAUUUUAAUGCAAAAAAAAAGGUUCUUGUUGUUUUUUAGUUCUUUGUUUGUUUGGUUUUUUAGAUUUGUUUUUACUGCUGAAAUGUGAAAAAGACGUCGCCUGGAUGCGAUCUGUUGCUAUGUUGCGUUGUUUUAAAGCCUGUAUAGAUCUUUCAGCAUUGAUGGUACAUUUCCAGAUGUGCAAGCCGCCGGACCAGGGGCAUAAUCAGACCCAACCAAUAUAACCCCCCAAUAAAAUUAUGAAUUAUCUUGCAUAAAUAGGCUGUUGAUUUUCUUUACUGAUUUCAGAUAUUACCAGCAAAAUAGUUGCAUGUUUAAUCAUCUGGGAAUUUACCCAAAUUUAUUUAUUUAUUUAGACAGAGAUCUUGACCCCCAUUGGUAAACAUUAUUCUGAAAAGUUUCCACAAUUUGUAGACAGUUUUUUGGAGCUCGGUGAACCUCUGUCCAUCCUCUCUUUUUGUUACUGACCUGUUGUUAAUUAACACAGCUGUGAAAUGUCCUCCAGUUGAUGCUUUUUAGUACCACUUACUUUUCCAGCCUUUGUUGUCCCAACUUUUCUCAGAUGUGUUGCUGCCGUCAAAUUCAAAAUGAGCUAAUGUUUUAUAGUAAAAUAUUUCACUUUAAACAUUUUUAAUGUUUUGGUGUUGUAUGUUGAAUAAAAUGUUGGUUUAUGAGAUCUGAAAAUAA